UUUCUUUUGUAAACAUCACGUGUUUCAAAAACUUUCAAACCAUUUUAUUUUUGAAAAUGAAAAUAGAGUAUAAUAUACUACAGAAAUGUGAUCCAAAACAUUUAUUUUGAAAUACUAGGAAAUGGUUAACGAGAACAGACAAGAUAACGUGUUAAGAGAAAUGCGUUAGUACAGUUUUAUAUAAUUGCACCACUUAAAAAACAAUACUAGUCUAUGUUGCUAGUUUGUUUUAAUUCCUAAUAGUUUAUACCAAUCGUCGUGUUCGGUUAUUGAGAUUGCGACAAUAACUUCCGGGAGGUUUACUUUUCUGGCUCUGAGAUGUCAUGGGUGUAAAGGGUUUGACCACGUUUGUGGAGGGGAACCACAACUUCCUUCAAAACCAUAAGUUCAAGAACAGCCGCCUGGUUGUAGAUGGCUGCAGCCUGUACUUCUACCUCUAUUUUAACCAUGGACUGGACCAACUGCAUGGGGGGGAUUAUGAUGCCUUCGCUUGCCUGCUCAACCAGUUCCUUUCUGCUUUGGCAGCCUGCAACAUCCAAGCAUUUGUGGUACUUGAUGGAGGAAUGGACCCCAGUGAUAAGAAGUUUGCUACGUUGCGGGAACGCAUGCAGGCGAAGAUCAAAGACGCAGAUCACAUCUGUCACGGUCGAAACGGCUCCGUCCUGCCCCUCCUCACCAGAGACGUCUUCAUUCAGGUCCUCAUCCAGAGAGGAGUCCCGCUGGUUCAGUGUCCGGCUGAGGCUGACUGGGAGAUAGCAUGCUUGGCAUACAACUGGAAGUGUCCAGUGCUGACAAAUGACAGUGACUUUUAUGUCUUUGACCUUCCAGCUGGUUACCUGCCACUUCGUUAUUUCCAGUGGACCAAUGUCAAUGGAAAACCACCUCAACGCUACAUAUCAGCUCGCCACUACACCACCAACAGCCUGUGUCGCUGGUUUGGUGGUAUGAACCGGGAGCUGUUACCAUUGUGUGCAGUUCUUAGUGGUAACGACUACGCGGCUCCUAAAGGGACUGACAUGCUGCUUUCUCUGAUAAACGCACACCCAGGUAGCAGUGGCGGAAGACGUACAGGUGGCUCAUCUAGUUGUCGCAUAGAGGGUCUCCUCAUUUGGCUGUCCUCUUUUUCAAGCGUGGCAGAGGCUCUUGAAGAGGUGAGCAGGGUUAUGGGGGAGGAAGGCAGUGGAGGAAAGAGAGGAAAGAAGGGUGGGCUCAGCCCUCAGCUGUGGACAGCCAUGCAAGACUACAACAUCAAAUCUCAAAGCUCUUUGGCUUGCUGGUUCUCUGAAGGUAAAGCAGUUUUUGGAGGAAAGAUAUUUAGUCUGCCAGAAUACCUGAGACUUGCAGCAACUCAGGGACAGUUGGGCCCCUUGGCCCUUGAUGCUUUGGUGAUGCAAAGAGUCUUUCUUAUUCCACAGGUAGAGAAUAGUAGGUUAGCCAGCAGCCACUCCACAUCUACAGCCAUACGUCAAGCGAUAUAUCAGCUUCUACUGCAGAAAGAGCAAGAAAGUGCAACUCAAGGAAGAGGUGGAGGCAAUCCAUUGGGAAGAACUAGAGGAGGAAGAGGGCGGGGAGGCAGCGGUCAGUCCGGCACUGAACAGAUGGGCUUUAGGGCGGCAAGUACGGAUUUGAUUUUGGUUGAAGAGUACGACCGUUUGGACGUAAACCUGAAAAAAAACCAAGUGGAGGCAUGCAACACCAGGAACCAUGCACAUGUAAACAAACUCUGCCAGGCGCCUGAGGCUGUGCGGCUCGGCGUCCUGUUGGAUGUUCUGGGCGUGAAUGACUCCGUCCUGGCUCCUGUUCCUGCCCACCUGCGGCUGGCAGUGGCAGUCACUGGAUUUUGGUUACGGGAGGCAGUACCACCACCUUCCCAGCACAUGCUGCAGGCUUUGCUUCUGGGCAUGAUCUUUGGUGAGCUGUCACUAAAUAGCCAGUCUGGAGCUCCUCAACGCCGCCAUGCUGCCCCACAACAUAACUGUACUGCAGAGCGAAAUUUAAUAAAUCGACAACGAGUGAGACCGGGGGAGAGACGAGGAGUUGAUAUUGGGGCAGCCCACAGUAUCAGCCAAUGGCAGGCCUGCCUCUGGAGUGCACUGUGUCUAAAUCAGGUGCUGCUGAUGCCGCUGCCUCAGCCCCUUCUGUCAUGGAUUUUCAGUGGUUCUUUGGUUCAUGGCCUCCUGAGGUACCUGAAAGGUGGCAAGCCUGCAGAGUCCCUGCUAACUGAGGGAUCCUUUUAUAGACAAUUCUACGUCAUUCUGCUGGAUGCUGUGAGGAGCUGCAGCAUCAAAGCGAAUCCUCGCUCCUCAGCAUCCAACAGGAGAGGAAGAGGCAGAAGAGGACGACAGAGAGCUGGUAGAGGGGCUCGUGGUGGAGGUAGAGGGGCAGAGGACAUCAGCAACAGGUUUGCUCUCCUGAUGAGUGAAGAGGAGGAUGAAAAUUAAGAAAAGCAAAACCGGAAAGGCUUCAUCUUGGAUGCUCAGGAAAUGCCACUGUUACUAUACAGUGGAGAGAGUGAUGUCUUUUAAAUGUUAACUCUGUAUUGCACCUUUUUCACAUUCCUUUAUUCUGAAACCUUGUUUUUUUUCAUAAGACUUUAAGGGGCCUAUUUCAUGCAAAAUCGACUAUUUUGAGAUUUUAAGUGUAUUAUAAUGUUAAUUCUUCAUAAAAGCAACCUCAAAGCGGUAUUUUUGAUCAAUUCAUGCAUUCCUGAGUAUUUUUAAAAAACCUGCUCUGAGCACCAGCCCCUCCCAAUCCACGAAAACGACUGGGUUCUCCCAUUGUGAUGUCACAAAGUGAAGAACAGCCCCUUCCAGGAACAGCUUGUACUGCCAACACCCCCCCCCCCCCCCCAGGCUAAAACACACACCCACUUUCUCAACAAGCUAGCAAUGAUUGGCUAAACAAUUUCCUUUUAUAUUCACAUCCAUCUUUGCCAAAGUUCUGUGUUUUCGGGGAUGAAACACAGACCUGCUUCUGGGUUGGAAACUGUCUGCGAAAAUUACGACUAUUUCAUUAAAAAUCGUUCUUGAGGGUGACAAAGGUAAUAUAUUCACAUAUGAUGGGUUAAAGCAUGAAAUAGGCCCUUUAACAUUUAGAAAGUACUUUUAUCCAAAGUA